AUGACUGCUUUAGCAGCUAAAGCUACAGUACUAACAGGGGGCAAAGAUGAAGUGUACGUGGCAGCGACGCCACUGAGAGCCACAAAAGGACCCGCUCAGCUGCUCAUGUCAACUACUUACUCUCUCAAUCUUUGGGAUUUGCAGCAUUUUAUGGUUAUCAUCAAACCCAAUUCACCACCUCCACAAAAUUCUCAGGCUAUUGUUUUUGACUUUCAGCCAAAAGAUCCUGAAAAUAUCUACACUGCACUUGCAGUUCUAUCCGGUGGAGCAGUGCCAGGAGUUGUUCUAGUGCGAAAUUUGUCAAAGCUACCGAGAAGCAAAUGUUGGUUUGUAGGAUCCUCAAAGUCAGAUGCUGUAGAUGUUGCAACUAAAUUUAACAGCAACUGGAGAAUGGAUUUGAGGGUUGGCCAUCAUGAUUGUCGUGAUUAUACAAAUGGAUUGGUAGAGCUUCUCAUUGGUGAAAAACAAGUGUUGGAGCGUCUAAGAAGAGACACUGGUAGUCGGGGUUAG